AUGGCAAACGACGCACUUGACCUCAACCCCCCGAACGCCAAUGAGAACCUUAGCACCCAUGGCUCAGACUGGCUAUGGGCUGCGUUCUCCGUCAUCGCGCUUUCCUUCCUCGUCGCAGUUGGUGUGAUGUUCUCGCGUCCCCGCGGUGCUCGUCUCUUCCACCAGAUUGCUGUUAUCGUCCUUGCCACAUCCAGCAUUGCUUACUUCUCCAUGGCGUCUGACCUCGGUGCAACUCCCAUCCGUGUCGAAUUCCGCGGCCAUGGCGGGGACCCCACCCGUCAGAUUUACUACGUCCGCUACAUCCAGUGGUUCAUCAACUUCCCGCUCCUGCUUCUCGAGAUCCUGCUCGCGUCCGGUCUCCCGCUCUCCGACAUCAUCACCACCCUCUUCAUGAGCUGGGUCGUCGUCAUCUGCGGUCUGGUCGGCGCGCUCGUUCACAGCACUUACAAGUGGGGUUACUACACCAUGGGUGCUGUGGCGCUGAUCUACAUCUGGUUCUCGCUGCUCUGGCACGCGCCGUCGUCGACCUUCUCAGCAGGCGGUGUCGUGCGCCGCGGCUACUACGCCGGCGCGGGCUACUUCUCGUUCAUCCUCAUCACCUACCCCAUCGCGUGGGCCUGCGCGGAGGGCGGCAACGUGAUCAGCGUCACGUCCGAGAUGAUCUGGUACGGCAUCCUCGACAUCUUCGCGGGCCCCAUCUUCCUCGCGCUCUUCCUCUGGGAGGUCCGUGACAUCGACUACGCCACGCUCGGCUUCGGCGGUGGCCGCUUUGUCAAUGGGGCUGGGGCUGGGGCCGGGGUUGUGCCGGUGACGGAGAAGGGCGCGAACCCUGCUACCACGGCUGCGCCCGUGAUUCCAACGGGCCCGACGGGCGAGCAGGCUGCGUGA